AUUUUUUCAAGGAAGGGCGGUCUAUUUGUCACUGGACUUGCCACAAAGAAAUUCGCUUUGUUGAAACGGCUGUUUUCAUGUCGUAUUCUCUAUCGAAGUCGUAUCAACACUUACAGCCUAACGGAGAAAGUAUAUCUUGCUAAAAUUGGCAGAAUUCCCUCCCAUGCCGAGUAUGAAACGUUCAACCAGCGAAAUUGGGGCAAAAUUCAUAUGGUCUACCAACUGAAACGUCGUUGUUGUCGGUCGUCAUUUGAAAACACUGGAUUGCUGGGUGGGAUCCUUUAGUCUGUGUUGAAGAGCAGGCGUUCAGAGACAGCAAAAUGAAUUUAUACAUGCGAGUAAGUAAAAACGUUGACGUUUCUGUACGUAAUUAUUAAGUUCAUCUAAUACAUUUUAGAAUAAUUGUUAUUUCGUCUUGUUGAGUCGUGUCACUUGCUUUCCUGAUUGGAAAUGUACUGUGUGUAUAUUCAGGAAAUUUAAAUUUGUUGCAACAAGUCACCCGUCUCAGUGUAAAGGGUUUCGUUUUCACCACUUUUUAUUUGUCGAUUAUCCGCACUAAUUUUGUGCGAUAUUAACUCCCCAAACACGUUACGACGUAUUCUCUGUCAACAAUAUUAAGUUGUCGAUCGAUCAAGUUUCCCUUGCACAGUAGGGAAACUACUUCGUCGUUGACAACUAAGAAUCAUAGUCUGUCAGGAUAUGAUGGUGUGGAAUCCUGGCGAAAUUCGAAGUCACAAAAUAUAAAAAACCUUUGCUUGGUGUUUAAGUGGCAGUCCCGCUAAGAGCGGUCCGAUGACUUUGACUUCGGAAAAUAGAUUUCCUUUAUUUUUUGUGUGUUGAAAGGCAUUGGUAUACAAGUGUCCAAAAUAAAUUUAUUUUUUGAAAAUUCUUUUUUAUGGCUUCGCUAGACGCCGAAACUCAUUUUACCCGUGCAGAGCUAAUUUCAAGCAAAAUCGAAGGUUGAAUUUCGGUAAAUUGUAGAGCCGCGCUGUGUCAAAACGCCUGACUAUUUCCAAAUUUCAACUAGAUCAACAAGUUCAGAUACAAUUCAGGUUCCCUGUUCCAAAAAAUAGGAGCAUUUGAAUAAAUUGUGAAUAAACGACAGCAACUUGACGGCACACCGGUUUUUGCUUCUUGUUCGGUCUACAAAAUUACACUAAAAUCGAAGCCUGAGAUCUCCAAAUGGGGACCUAAAAUUACGCUGAAAUGUGUUUGGCUGUAAUGAUUUAUACUUAUUUUCAGAAGAUCUGAAGAAAAACCUGCGGGUAUAUAUCAAUCUGUAUUUGGCGCGAGUUAAGAUUUUCUGGAGCCCAUAAUCAAUGAUUUUUGCAUAAUUUAUAGCUAAUUAACAUAUUUCUUGAGAGGCGCUAAAAGUAAACAAUUUCUUUCUGACUAACAUAUCUCAGAUGAAAGAAACUACCACAGGUAGUAAUACCCUUUUUGUAAAUAUAGUCGUAAUGUUCUUUUCCUGACACGCUGAGAGAGCUUUGUUUUUUAAUGUUAUGCCACAUUUAUUCAGUCUGACCAGAUUCAUAUAAAUGUCACGAACUUGUAUAUUUCAAAAAUAUACCAGAAAUCAGAAUUCAGAAAGACCGAUUAUUCUUUCAUUGAUUCAGUUGAUUGAUUUAGUUGAUUGAUUUAAAAAACUAUAAGUAUAAUAGAACAUUCCACGUAUUUCCAUUGCCCCUAUAUAGGCCUAGAAUUUUUAUCAAUAUGUUCUAUUUUUCUGUGGCGACGGCAUCAUAUUAACAAAAUACGACACAAAAAUGUACAUUCGAAUUUAUGAGCGACAUAUCAGAAUGUUAUUUAUGAUACUAAAAUAGGAAUUUUGUAUGCUGGGUUAGUAAAAGAAAAAGCAUAAUUUUAAUUGUAUGUAAUUUCGAUGAAUACUAUAAAAAAAAUUAUACGCAUUGUUUAUAUAAAUUAGCUAACAUUUUUAACAAAAAUAUCAAUUUUAUAAAUAUUUGAAUUUCAAUAUUUUUCUUUGAAAAAAAAUAUAUUCGUGAGCUCCAUAGCGCAUGAGAAUAAAUUUCAAAAGUUUGUGAAUUAAAAUUCACAAGAUACAAGUUUGAUAUUUUUGUUAAAUAACUGAUCAGAAUGCUUAUAGUUUAUUUUGUUACAUGGCUAAAACAAACGUCGCUACUAUCGUAAUAAAUGUGUAAAUGUUAGCUAAUUUAUAUAAACAAUGCGUAUAAUUUUUUUUAGUAUAAAUUUCCAGGUGACUAUUGAUUUUUCUGCAUUCUGAUUGGUUAAGAUUCACUGUCUCUGAAGUGAUAGUCACUGGUCAGUGACUAUAGCUUUUUUUUCAAAAUGGCUGCUCGUUUUGCCGUAGUCAAACAGAGGAGGAAAUUGCCAAAAUUAAAGAAGAUAGCAUUCCGAAAAAAACCAAACAAGCUAUAAAAUAUGGUUUUAAAAUAUUUCAAGGUAAACUAUUAAACUUUACGUGCUUUUAUUUGGAAAAAAACUGGCUUAGUCGCAACGCGACACAAAGCCGUGUCUGAGAUUUAAAUUUUGUAAACAAACUAUUUAUAGCGAAAAUAAAUUUAUUUGAAGUGAAUUUUUAUAAAGUUGUGUGGAUUAUUGUUUGUAAACACCUGGAAAUUUAUACUAAAACAAUUAGUCGCCUCAGGCUCGGUGAUUACAAGCCUAUAUUCACUUCGCCUUCGGCUCAGUGAAUAUAGGCUUGUAAUCACCUCGCCUUCGGCGACUAAUUGUUAAAUAGUAUUCAUCGAAAUUACAUACAAUUAAAAUUAUGCUUUUUCUUUUACUAACCCAGCAUAGAAAAUCCCUAUUUUAGUAUUUAUUUCGCGUUAAGUAAAUUCAAUUAAAACUUCAUAAAUAACAUUCUGAUAUGUCGGUCAUAAAUUCGAAUGUACAUUUUUGUGUCGUAUUUUGUUAACAUGCCGUCGCCACAGAAAAAUAGAACAUAUUGAUAAAAAUUCUAGCCCUAUAUAGGGAGGCAAUCGAAACACAUGGAAUGUUCUAUUAUACUUAUAGCUUUUAAAUCAAUCAACUAAAUCCAUCAACUGAAUCACAGGGGGCAGAAAAGUACGAUUGUGUUUUAUAAAUACCUUGUCAUCAACCAAUAUCCCAUAUUUAUAUUACAACAAUCCGCAGACAUAGUCAUAAAAGGAUCAAAAUUAACUGAUUUUUAUUUUUUCGAUAAUAUCAUGCCUUCUACUUCAUGUAAUUCAAAAUAUUGCAUUGCAACGGCAAUUUCCGAACAUCUUACGAAAGGAUGCCGAGGGUGUAACCCGUACAUAAAUAAGAAAGGGAUGAAACGCCGAAAAUCUUUCGUUCAAUGUGCACCGCAACAACUGGUGACGGAAGUAAAUUCGACAUUGUAACCGGAAGUAGAACGGAAAUUGAAGGAAAAUUGACUUAUCAUCUUCCAUGACCUUUUAAUCGAAUUAACGGUUAAUAAUUUGAAUGACAAUAACAAAUUUUAAAAAAUAUUGCGAAAUUCAAACUCAAAUUAGUCAAAUAUUAAUAUGGAACGUUUUGUCAACUAAAAGAAAUGCGAAUCACCCGAUUUAAAAGCAACAAACGCUCUUGUAUCUAGACGGUAUAAAGCUUUUCAAUAAUUUUAAAACAAUUGUUCUUGACACGACUUUGAACUUUGUUUAAUAUGACUAUAUAAAUCCAAACGGCAGUCUUUACAAAACCCGGUCACGAUUUAAACUCGUCUUCCCCGUGUGUGCAGACUUAAGAUAUAUCAAUAGACUAUUUAAAUUCAAAAAUAAACUAUACAUGCACUUAUGGGGCGAAAAAAAUGGCAGUAAAUUUAAAUAAACUCUGAAACGGUUUCGUUAAUUCGGUUAAUAUAGACCUUUUUGUAGUAUAAAUACCGGUGCAUUUUGGCUUGUAUUUUGUAGGCUUUGUGUGAAUUACCAAAUAAGUGACAAUUCUUUCAAUAAGUGACAAUUCAAUUCAAGGUCUUCAAGGGGAAUUCAAUUCAGUGACAAUUCAAUGAGUGACAAUUUAUAUGAGCAUAUUGUUAUUUUGAAACUGUAUACUAUAAAUAAAUAAAAAUACUGUAUGAGCUUGUCAUAUAUUUGAUAUAUAUGAUUAAUAAUAUGAAUCAGUUGGAAAAAUAGUUUUUGUCAUGCGCAAUAUCUUUUAAGUGCGUAACUACGUCACUUCCGUCACCACCUGUUGCGGUGCACGUUGAAACAAAAUAAGCCAAAAUUGUAGUCCCAAAAAUUUCGGUUUAAUAACCGUUUCUUAAAAUUUCCUUGUACAGGUAUGCUAAGUGUAUCAUAUCUAAACUGUAUACAAAAAAUAAAAGGUUUUGGUUCAGAAAGACGCCAGUUAUAUACAUUCGAAAUAUUUCACGAUCGGGGGUUUCAUCCCUUUCUAUUAUUUGUACGUGUAAGCAAAGUCAAUCGUUCUAGUAUGAGCCCCACGCUACUAUGAUCAGUCCUUGUAAUACAAUGUUUGAAUUACAUGAAGUAGUAGGCAUGAUAUUAUCGAAAAUCAACAUAAUUUUCAUCGUGAUGAAACCUGGAUGAAACUAUGCGAUAUAUUGGUUGAUGACAAGGUAUUUUAAAUAAACACAAUCGUACUUUUCUGCCCCCUGUGCUGAAUCAAGGAAAGAAUAAUCGGUCUUUCUGAAUUCUGAUUUCUGGUACUGAUAUUUUUGAAAUAUACAAGUUCGUGACAUUUAUGAAUCUGGUCAGACUGAAUAAAUGUGGCAUAACAUUAAAAAACAAAGCUCUCUCAGCGUGUCAGGAAAAGAACAUUACGACUAUAUUUACAAAAAGGGUAUUACUAGCUGUGGUAGUCUCUUUCAUCUGAGAUAUGUUAGUCAGAAAGAAAUUGUUUACUUUUAGCGCCUCUCAAGAAAUAUGUUAAUUAGCUAUAAAUUAUGCAAAAUCAUUGAUUAUGGGCUCCAGAAAAUCUUAACUCGCGCCAAAUACAGAUUGAUACCCGCAGGUUUUUCUUCAGAUCUUCUGAAAAUAAGUAUAAAUCAUUACAGCCAAACACAUUUCAGCGUAAUUUUAGGUCCCCAUUUGGAGAUCUCAGGUUUCGAUUUUAGUGUAAUUUUGUAGACCGAACAAGAAGCAAAAACCGGUGUGCCGUCAAGUUGCUGUCGUUUAUUCACAAUUUAUUCAAAUGCUCUUAUUUUUUGGAACAGGGAACCUGAAUUGUAUCUUAACUUGUUGAUCUAGUUGAAAUUUGGAAAUAGUCAGGCGUUUUGACACAGCGCGGCUCUUCAAUUUACCGAAAUUCAACCUUCGAUUUUGCUUGAAAUUAGCUCUGCACGGGUAAAAUGAGUUUCGGCGUCUAGCGAAGCCAUAAAAAAGAAUUUUCAAAAAAUAAAUUUAUUUUGGACACUUGUAUACCAAUGCCUUUCAACACACAAAAAAUAAAGGAAAUCUAUUUUCCGAAGUCAAAGUCAUCGGACCGCUCUUAGCGGGACUGCCACUUAAUUGCACAAAACGCCUUGCAUAAAUCCAUACUAAAUGUUAUUUAUCGCGGUUGCACCUGCACACGUUCACCUCAGCUAUCCCUAUUGAACGAUUUCUUCAUUAUUAUACAAAAAUACAAUGAGCGCUAGCUAGCGCAAUCACCGUAAAGGUCGAGACCCAUUUUUCAUUUGAAAAUUAAUAAAACAGUCGAUGAAAGAUAUGUACACCAAAUAACUCAAAAUGCUAUAGCGCUUCUAGUGACAAUCGCGCCGCGUUGUCAAAUCGUGUGUCGUGUGUCUCGGUCUAUAUGAUCCUCAAAAUGAAUUGUACAGUAUAGACACUCACUCCUUUCAAUCGAAGUGUAAAGCGCGGAAGUGGAAGCAUAUAAUAUGAUACUUUUCCCUCACGUACUCCUUAAGCUAUAAAUUUCUAUGGGCAACAUGACCAGCUCCGACCAGGAGGCUGCUCCAUUUACUGUUCCAGAACGUUUGGAACACUGUUCUGGAACGACAUGAAAUGGAGUGCACACGGUGUUCUGGAACAGUGUUUAGUUUAUUAUAUAUAAGUCCAAUUAUGUCGAUAUAUAUCGGCUAACCCUUCAAAAUAACACUCUACAGGGUGUAUCAUAAAAAACGGAGUCCUCGCUUCAAAUAUAAAUUUCGAAACGAAUAUUAGAGUAAAACGUUCAGGUUUACAUUUGUUUUAAAGCAUGGACAUUCAGCUUUCCAACGAUGGGUUGUUUCGUAAAUUUAAUCCAGUAGUUCGUGAAUAAUAGUAUUUUAAGUGAUUGCGAUUGGAGAGUCAAAAAUUUGAGAUGCAAUAACAAAUCGGUACUUGAUGAAAAUAACUUAUAUUGUCAACAAAACGUACAAAUUGAGGCAUUUUGGCAAUAGCUUGUAACAACUAAGUAAUAAAGGCUUCCAAUACACUAUUUUAAAUUCACUUGCUGACUUCAAAUGCGUUUAUAUUCCCAGCUGAAGCGUGUUUUAGCUUGCCGUCAACUUGCUAAUUUAUGUUAACAUUGCGCCCGAUUCGAUGGCGUUAGUUCGGAUGAUGCAUGGACAUAAGAUUGUUUUGAUGAUUUCUGGAAAUAAUUUCGGAUUUUGAAAUAAAUAAAACAACCUAAUCUCUUUUAGAAUAUUUUUAACAAGUUUUUACUAGUUUUUCUGAUGUGGCAACAAGAACAUUAAAGUUUGAACAAGAAAAUUCAAACAUUGUAACCGACUAUGGAAUAUCAUAGUAAAUUUGUAUAAUUAAGCGGCAUCUAAAAAUUAUAGGUUUUACUAAAUUUUCUCCUGUGCAGUUAUUACUUGCACUAAAGACACGGAUGACUAUUUGUUCGAAAGAUAAAUGAGCAGGCCUUAAAAUAAGCCUAAAACCGUUUUAUUAAAUAUAGCUGGCCGAUAGUUAUUAAGUACAAAAGAUGGACUCCGUUUUUUAUGAUACACCCUGUAUAUGCUGUGCAUUGAUACACAAAAUAUUUGUCGCCUCAAUUACCAAUCACGUGAAAAUGGGCAGUCACAUACUUUUCGUUUUUAAGCGAAUAAUAAUUCUCCAGAAAUUCAUAUCCAAAUCAGAAAAACUUUAAUUUUUAAAAAAGUGUAGCGAGCCACCUUAAAUUGUAUUAGGGAGCUCUAGAUUUGACUACGAGUACGACUACAAGUACGAGAUUCGUCAAGCUAAACGCAUGCUGUAUGCUUACGCCACCCCGUACUGACGCGAAAAAGUCGUAGCCGUCGCCCAUCUGAGUACGAAAUUGUGGAGAAAUCUCGCAGUCCUCACGACGACUUUUCAAAAAAAAACAAAGAAAGUUGGCUUUUUUUUGUUUUCCAAAAAUAAUUUGUAGCAUUUAUAUAGCGUUUAUCCGGCGCAAAUAAUAUAUUAUUACUAAAUAUCUGGCCUGUUUUUAAUGUUAUGACUUAUUUAUCAUUAUCAUUAUCAUUAUCAUUUACACGUUUUGUAGGGGAUUUUAGUCUGCAGGAGAUUUAGUUUAUGAAACCAGUUUUUCUCUCGUUGGUUUACUGUUAUAAAAGCAACAUUUGAAUAGAAACGAAAACGACUACGGUAAUUUCCUCGUACGCGAUCAAAUCUUGUACUCGUAGUCGUAGUCGUACUCGUAGUCAAAUCUAAAGCUCCUUAUUAUCCCCAAGCCGACGGCGCGAAGCGCCAUGCGAGGGUACUAAUUCCCCCCGGCUAUUUACACCUGGCGAAACGAAAGCAUUAGCGAAGUCUAAAGUUCAUCAAAUAUCGCAGGCGUGGGUCACCAACCGUGGGUGGUCACCCUCACUGAUCUCAAAAAUAUGGCGGACUGUCAUGAAUAGCGAACACUGUGAUUGGACCAAUUUAAAGUUUGCAUUAUAACGACUGCAUGACGACAGCGGAAUAGCAAACAUUUCUUUAUUUGAUGAUUGAUAAAUUUCUUGCAAAUAUAUUUCAUUUUUGCUCGCAUUUUUGCAAGAUUUUGUAAAUUUCAAGAAAGAAAUGGCGAAAGAAACGGCUAAAAGAAGGGAGCCGACGUUAACGAAGGUUAGUUUGUUUAAAUAUUGAUUUUAUAAUUGCUUUAAAACCCGACGGCUUUUGCGUAUAUGAAACAACUAAACAAGACAGCAUAUCGGGCCCCAUUUCAGUGUAUCUUUAAUAUUGUUUCCUUUUUUUAUUAUAUUGAAAUUUUUUAAAUGAAAAAGAAAGCAAAGUUAUUUGCAUGCGAGAAUUUGAAAUCAUUUUAUUGCAAACUCAAAAUUUAUCGAUAAAGCCAUUUAAUUAAAGAAUUAAAGCAGUUUAGUUUUAUAAAGAACACUUUAAAACGUUUUGCAAAGCGUUUGUGGUUGAAUUUUACCUUAAAUUGAAGCUUAUAAUUAAUACGUAUAAUAUCAUACCUAAAAUAUAUAUGUUGGGAAAUUGAUAAUUUUGUAAUUAAAAGUGAUAUUUUAAAGCGAUUUUUCAUUUGUAGGAAUAUUCUUAAGAAAUUAUCGUGUUACCAUGACAACUACUUUAGAUACUUCAUGUUCGGAAAAUACAAUGGUUUUGUCAGCAAGGCGAGGGUUUCUGCAUGCAUGUAUUUUCUAGUUUAUAUACAAUGGAUAAUAGAUGACUCGUCGUGUUUCCGUCCCACUGUACUCCUACAUCUUAAAGGCCGUUUGCCAGUAGCUGGAAUUUUCCGCGCGGAGCGGAGUUUUCUUUGCCUUGUGAAUUCCUGGGUGGAACUAAUUAGAAAAGACAAAGAGAAAUUCCGCUCCGCGCGGAAAAUUCCGCCUAGUGGAAAACGGCCUUAAGGUCGCAAUUAAUCGACACGAAUACGAGCCCGCGUGAGUCGCACGCUCAUGCGAGUGCAGAAUCUGAUGAGCUCUUGAACAGAAGAGAAGACGCAUUAAAAAUUAUUCACAGUUUUUAAUGAAAAUUAAGUUUUGAAAAUUAGUGUCAGAAAAUUAUUCUUGGAAUUGAUCACAUGGCGCGUAUAGUUGUACUCGCUUGAAUACAUUAUUAAUUAAUUAAUACAAUAUUUCUUGUCAUUGAUUGCUCGUAAAGUUGACUAUAAAAUGAUAUUAAUACGCACUCGCGCUAUUAUAAAUAUUUCGCCAAACACGCGGGUGAUUUUUCAUUAGUACUUCUCGAACCGUGUAAUUUCCUAUACAAAUUUAAAUUAACCUCAAUCGCUUCGUGUCAACUAUAAAAAUAGGUACGCAUUGCGUACAUGUGGUACACUGGUUAGCUUAUCGGAUUGGCAAUUGUUAUAGCGUAUAGCUAAUUUCGUUCAAAAUAAAUAAAUUAAUUGCUCGUUUGCAAUAAUGGCUAUCUUGGUUGAUUUUUCAACCAUUGAACAAUAAAAUUAUUAUUUUUCAUUCUUUGUAGUACGAAAUGUUAAAUUGACUCUACUAUUUCGCUGUAAUCGGCUAAAAUAAAUUUUAAAACUCUUUCUCGCUCAGUCCCAAGCAUCGUAGGUCGCUAGAAGCUGCCAGCCAUUGCAUGUUCAUAUCUUGAGUUCAGUGCAUGCUAUGAAGACAAUAAUACCACCAUUUGAUCCAGUGAAACAAUAUCAACUAAUUCCUUGCAAUAGUCAUUAUCAACAUUGUGGCGAUUUAUGGCCUCUGAAAGUCAAGCGAGAUUGUAUAUUAUCAAAUUACUUAAUUGUUUGAACAAAAAUAUAGACUGACCGUACCUUUCGGCCACGCUGCAGGGGUAAUUUGACCUUUAGAAUCGAUUCCCGACGUUUCCCAAGCGCUAGGAUGUAAACAUAGCAUUGUUUCGACAAUUUAAUUUGUAUUUCCGGUUGAAGCUCUUGCUAAAAAUUAGAUCCUCUGAAAUACCAAAAUAAAAGGCAAAUAUGUAGUUCAAGCUUGAAAAUAACACUCUAAAUGGUGUGAUUCCAAAAAGAGCUAUUAAAAAAAAGCUACGAAAAAGAUAUGUUGAAAGGGGCCCAAGUUAUGUUCGGCGAAAGAUAUGCCUUAAUUAGUAAUACAUUGUUUUUACAUUGUUCGGGAAAAUUGUGUAAUCUAAUGAAAUAUGGAUCGCUUGAUCUCCAAAGGUCGUACAUCCCUAUAAUGUUGACAUUUUACUUUUACUUUCGAUUGGAAUUAUUUCACUGAAUCGAACGGUGGUAUUUUCAUCUACAUAGCAUGCACUGAACAAAAGAUAUGAACCUCCAAAUAAACCAAUGAUAUCGAAUAAACCAACGGCUCUUUCGUAUGCAUUUUAACUACAAAAUUCCGUGCAUGCAUGCACAGGCUAAGCACUGUCAUACGAAACAUUUUACUGUCACACGAAACAUUUUUAUGGGUUUCUACACUGUAGUUUCCUUUACAUUUUAAGUCUUCUUUAAAUUACACAGGGUAAUUUAGGAAACUUACAGCUUCUUUGAAAAAGAAAGCAUGUUUUAGGAAAAAAAUUGAAGCAACAAAGCUCAUAAAUAUUAAAGCCAUUAAAUCUUGCUUAACCACUACUGCCAAUUGAGCCAUAUUUUUGAGAUCAGUGGAAGUCCACCCAUGAACCAUAGUCACACGCGCCCGCGUUAAUCGAUGAACUUUAGACUUUACUAAGCUAAGGCUUCCCUUUCCCCAGGUGAAAAUUGCCAUGCAAGCGGAAUUAUUACCCUCGGCCUGGCCUAGCACCCUGAACGGCGCUUCUCGCCGUUGGCUCGUGGUCAUGCAAAAAUUAUACAAUGGGAUUUACGGCAUUCAAUUUUCACUGACCGGUAAAGCAAGGGAAACGUUCGCCAAUUUCUGACUAAGUUUUUGUCCAAAUAGAACCAAAUCUUUAUCGAUUUGUCCUUGGCCUAUUAUAAUAGACAAUUCCCAUUAUAGACUAAUUUUAGAACUAGGCAAGGAGAUGCAAAUAAAUCACCACAGCUAGAAAGAGCAUACUAAAAUUAGUAAAAUUGCAAAGUUUGGUUGCGAAAUGUUGUAAAAUGCAGAAAAUAUAGCCUUGCAAAGUUUGCAAAUUUUGUAUACUUUUGUAUUGCGUGCGGAAAUUCCUACCACAUUUGGGCCCGAAUGUGGUAGGAAUUCCGCACGCAAUACAAAAUGACUGAAAAUUUGCAAACUUUGCAAGGCUGUAUUUUCUGCAUUUUACAACAUUUCGCAACCAAACUUUGCAAUUUUACUAAUUUUAGUACGCUCUUUCUAGCUGUGGUGAUUUAUUUGCAUCUCCUUGCCUAGUUUUAAAAUUAGUCUAUAAUGGGAAUUGUCUAUUAGCCAUUCAAAUUUUCGUUGUAAAUCGUUUGGUAUUUUUUGAGUUAUCGUGCUAAAAGUCAAACACACAAAAUGCAACAUUGCCUUUUGCAACUUGCUCAUAAUUUUGCGACAAGCCAUUCACGAACACAUCUAUUUGACAAGUUGGGAGAUUUUUACGCGUGUAUUUCUAAGAACAAAAAGAGUAAGCAACGAACUUCUAACCCAGACUCUACCUCGUGCAUGUUUCCUCAAUUUAAUUUCUUGCUUUCUCUUCAUCCAGGUACUAACUAUGCCAAAUACGCCAGUAAAGAAAUAUUACGGCUUGCUGUUCUCUGCCCUAUUAGCCGUAAACAUUUCGCUCAUGAUUUAUUUCUAUGGAAUGAAACAAGAACUACACCCUGCCAGCCUGAAGCAAAUAGUUGUGGUGAACAAACGUUUUGAUUCCGUGCAACCAACACUUAAUGUUGUUGAAGAACCAGUGACGCUUUUUAUGCGGAUGACUGGAUUGCACAUAAAGCGAUUUUACUGUGACUUUUUGAGGACAGCUGUCUUGUUUUGGCCUGCUUCGUAUGGCAAACUUGUCCUGGUAUUCGACCAGGAAUCAUUCCUGGAUCACAAACUAGCCAAAAUUAUCGAAAGACAGUUUGAUCUAUUCUUUCCAGAUCGCAAACUUGAAAUACUCUACGAGCCUCUUCCCACGAACCAUGAAACGCUCUUGAAGCUUCCUUGGCGCGCGACUGGCUAUAAUCGUCAAAUUUGGAGCAGCUUUUUCAAUGAUGUGUACACGAAUGACGCAGUCAUUGCAUGGGUGGAUUCUGACAGUGCAUUCUGCACAUCGGUGACGCGAAAUUCCAUGUACAACGGUACACGAUUGAGAGUGAUAGGAACUGAUUGCACAGUAUUGAACAACAGACGUUGCGUGAAGAGCGCGGAGAUCUCCAUUGGGUUACCGGCUGUAGCCGACUUCAUGAUGCAUUUUCCAAUAUACAUAUAUCGUGAUACGUUUGCUAACUGUAGAGAAUACUUAAUGCGGAGAUCUAAAGCGCGCAACUUUGAGGAAUUCUACAGGAAUAUUAGUGCUUACGGCUUAAUUUGUCCCGUUACGACAAUACUUAACUACGCAUGGCACUUCGAGAGAGAUCGCUACGACUGGAGUCUGAAGAUUUGCUCAGCACCGCUCGAUGAAUACAACAAUCGCUUUCAGCCUAGCGCGAAAAUCCGACCUUACGACAUACAACCUGUCUUGGCAGCUCCUCAAUCAAGCGUUCAUACUCCUAAUCCUGGGUCGGCGUAUCGUUCCGCUCAGUUAAUUCUAGCCAGUUACUGUUUGUCGCACAAAGCGGCGGGACACAAUCUAACAUUCUGCACCGGCAAACGUGACCUUCCGCUGAGCAAUAACCUUAUUCUUUUCAAAUAUGCAAGAGCGCCUGAAACGUGCAGUGGGACUUUGACAUUGAUUUGUCUGGAUGUUCUACAGCGUCAUCACGAUCUAGUAGGCUCUGAAAUUCUAGAGAACAAGCGCAGGUUGGAAUGGAGCGACGUGGAAAUUGUUGAAAAACUUGUGAAGGAAGUAAAUGCUACGUGUCCUGUUCUUCAUAACGGAAGCCCAAGGGGGAGAAUUACUAUUGUAUAAAGGGUAAGGCCUGUUUGCACCAGUGAACUCCCGAUACAGGCUGUAUAAAAAAUACGAGACCUUUAGAAAUCAAGCUAUUGGUGGAAUUUGAAUGAACGGCACUAUGCUGAACCAUAGCCUAUCGAAGGGAAGAUGGCUGUGAAAUUUAUUAUAAUAAUAAUAUAACUCAUUAUCUAUGUUGAUCAACGUUUAUUCGUGUAUUGUAUUUUUGCCCAACUAACCAAUAGGAAUGUUUUUAUAGGAAAGUCACCUAUGCGUGACUCGAACAAUAGGGAAACUGGAAAUUGCUAUUGGUGGAUUUGGUAAAAAUACAAUACACACGUGAUGGUGAAAGGACCAGAUUAUGAAUAAACGUUGACUAGCAUAGUUAAUGAGUUAUAUUGUUAUUCUAAUGAGUUUCACAGCCGUCUUCCCUUCGAUAGGCCAUGGCUGAACCCACAGGUGCGCAAAACAGAACAGAAAUGAAUUUUUGGAUGACGAAUUUAUUUAAAACUUCAAAUUGGUUUCGUCCGACAUAUGAAUAAUGUGCUGAUUAAUUUAACGCAGCGCGUAUAAAAACAGUAAGCUCGUUGCUGAGUAUAACAUCUUGUGCUUUAAAACAAUAGCAUGAUUUCUAAAGUUCUCGUUUUUUAUACACCCUGUAUUCAGUCAUUCGAUCCAUGGGGAAAGUGAGUCCAGGAUGUCAGAAUUAACAUCCAAAUAGCUAUACAGGUCGUAAACAGUUUUAGUACUAUUUUUCCUAGCUAAUUCUGGUUUCUUUCUAGCGGACCGUUUCGAUAUUCAUGUUAAUGAGCAUGUUCAUCACUAUACUGGAGUUUCCGAGUUUGGUAUAUAUAUGAGCACGUUCAUGAGUAUACCUACUUUUAUAGAUUCCCUGUAUGUAUUCGUAAUGGGAGCCCAUGGUGAAAAUCUCUAUUUUAUAAAAAUUAAGUUCAAAAAUUAGGUUCUGCGAGGAUGUUCCCCAAAGAGUGAAUGGGGAUAAUCGUGUCUAUAUUUAGCUCAAUAGCCCUGGGUAGGACAUGAUUGGGUAUGGCUUUCAGCUUGGAUUGCAGAAGAAUAGGAACUUUGAUAUUUAAAGUGACUCCCUAGAAUAUAUAAAAACAUUGAAAAUCCAUAAAUUAUAUCAAACGCUUUGAAAGAAUGUCGCCUGUUAGAAAUAAAAAAAUUUACACAUUAUAUAGAGCAACGCUGAAUCUGUAACGCGGCAAGCACUAUGCUUGUUAGACUGAUAUGCUCACAACAGAGUAAGAGUGAAGAACAAUUUAUUUGGAAGGAUCGUAGGCUAUUCUUAUAUAUUACAGAUUUGUGUGCGUCGGUUACUUAUUUGACAAUUAGCUAUUAUCGCGUCGUAAUAGUACGUGCGGACCAUAGAAAUAAUAGAUAUAGAAUGCGUAUACUUGAUCACGAUUCGAAUCAUGUCUCCACUUUUUCUCAUGCGUGC